UAAGUCUCUCAACAUGUCGAACUUCUCCUGUGGUCACAGUCUAAGAUCGCGCGUGGGCGCCAACCUGGCGUACAUAGCCCAAGACAAGAAGCCAUGCCCCGACUGCCAGACCCGCACCGCAGCUGGCGUGCUCGCACUGCUAAGGACGCUGCAGAGAUCGUGGAAGGCGGAAACACUCAAUGACCACAACGUCAAGCAGCACCUCGUGACGUACACCUUCGACCGGUUCAUCUCGCAGCGCAAAUCGACCUCCGCCGGCUUCAAGGAGCAGCUCGACGAGAUCUUCGGUGCCUGGGGCUCCGCGUGCUACCACAUGCUGAACCGCAGUCAGCUCGCCAACUUCUCCGCGACGGCCCGGGCCCGCUGGGGCAGCGACAUCGGGCGGCAGGCGCUGCGCGUCGUGGCCAUCGCGGCGCUGAAAGAUCGCGAUAUAUACUCGCCGAUAAAACCUGAAGACGCCGAGAAAUUAGCGACCCUGAAUAACAUGAUUAGGUUUGUAAAAGAGCGCGCCACUGCUAUCGAGACCUUCGAACAGUUAGAGAUCCUGCUUGAUGGGGCUGAAAUUCUCGAAGCGCUUAAAAACGAUGCUAUGCUCAGACUUGAAAAGCUUGAUGAGGGCUUUGCGAGGUGGAAUGUUGCGGGCAACAGGUAA